GGACCGGCCACAUCACUGGGCAUUACACAACGGUCACGGAGCGCGCAUGCGCAGCGAUCCCAAGGUGACAGAGGCAGACAGUAAGUAGUAUUACUCCCCCCCAAAUUGCCUGAUGGUUCAUUCCUUCAGGGUAAAUACAAGCAGUGGGUGUUCCUAUCUAGCAGACUCAUGGGAGGGUGAUGGGCAAAGCAUUGGCACAAGCAUGGUGUGGAUUAAGUUUUACCACUGCCAAGCUGCAGUGAGAGUUCUCCAAAUAGGAUGGAGCAGAUACAAUGUAACAAGGCAUGAUUUAGGGGACAGUGACACAGUGAUUCCGGGUUUGUGAGAACCAAUCAGAGAGCAGUUUCUAUUGCAAGUUACACCUGGAAGGAAGGGUUUAAGGUUUAGGGGGACACAGUUAUUGUUCCAAUCAGAAUACAAUCUGCUCUAUAAAUUAUUUAUUAUGGUAGAAUUAUUGCCAUUACCAGGAUAUCCACAGGAAUGAUUUGGGGAUUCAGGCAGGAGUAUCAGCAGAGGAAUGUUUUGUGCUGAUAAUAUUGUGAAUUGAAUGCCAAAUGCUGCUGUUUGUAGACUGCCCUGUCAAUAAUUGUUACUUUGGAGUUUAUGCAAAUCAAUGGAAAAAACAAUAUCAGCAAGCUCUCACCAACAAUAUUGUGGGGGUAGGACAGCAAAACUAAAAUAAUACAGGAACAAAAUGUAGCCCAGUUUUACUCUCUUAGCAGUAAGGAACAUUUUAACUGUAUCCAGUAAACACCAGAUAUUAAUCAAAUUGUUGCUGUACUUGCAGGCACCGUAUGGACAGUCUAAUUUUACCAUAGACGAAGUGGAUUAUAUUUACUCACUCUGGAGGUAGUGGCACGAAUAGCCGACAGAAUAGCAGACGCAGCUAUAGAGGGCUCCGCAGCCACUAGCAAGGUUAGAGCUACAUUUUUGGCCCUACCUGCGAUUUCUGCUGUGUCCGCGUGCCAGUGGAGUUAGGAGUCCAUCUGAGAUCUAAUCCUGUUGUCGGACACCUGCCUGUUCCGGGCCAAUGAGGUACUUCAGCCGCCAAGUGUUGAGGCCGGAGUGACCUGUUUGGUGUGGGAAGCGGCAGAUCUCCCACCUGAUACGUUAACUGUUUUUGAGGCUAUUCUUGUGUCCCCAUUCCCCUCCUUUGGACCAGUGGGGGUUAUGCCUGUACCCUCUGCCGAGGAUGUCCUGCUAGUCCUAGUGAUACAGCAGUCUAAGAAUCCUCUACAGCUAGUCAACACAGGUCACUGAAGAUGUCCGCCAACUGACAAACAGGCGAGUAAGAGAGGAGUGGCAGACCUCAGGGAACUUUUACAGACAGUCCAGAAAAAUUUGAUUUGAUUUGUGCCCAAUUUAGUGCGAAUCUUGCACAGAAGGUAUCCAUUGAGGUUUCAAACACAGACCCCCAUUACUCCUGUUUGGAUUCUAACUUCCAGUUGCCGCAAGUACUGCAAGAUAAGAGCCAGUUCAGUGAUCCUUAAACAGCAACAAUAUCUUCCUUGCAUAAUGCUCACAUUAGAAGACCCUGUUGGCAAAAUGUUGCAAAAAUAUUUAUUGAAGGGGACUUACCUGGGCCUGAUGAAUGGUCCGCUUCCUUGACAUUAGAUGCAAGCUCUGGACCGGCUCUGGGUCUAUGAUAGCAGUAGUUGGCUUCAUAUUCCCUAUGUUGGUGUUUCCAGAAUGGGUGUUGGCUUGAAAUUGCAGGCCACCUCAACCAAAUGAUUCAUUGUAUUUCAAAUCUCAAAGAGUACCUUAGUGGAGGUUUCUAAUAUGUUUUCGAUCUAUAUGCUAUAAUCAAUUUCCUUAAUCUUAAAAGAACACUAUAGGGUCAGGAAAACCAUAUAGUGUUAAAACCACCAGCUAGCCCCUCCCGGCCCUCCUUGCUUUCCUAAAUAGUGUAAAAUCUUAGUUGUAGUCAAGUCUGCAGCUGCUGCCUCUGGCCUGCCUGCAUGCCUCACAUCAUCAGAAGUGAUUUUGUGAGACACUCACAAUGCUUUCCCAUAGGAUUGGCUAAGACUGUCAAGAAGUCAGAUCAGGGGCAGAGCCAGCACAAGUCAAACACAGCCCUGGCCAAUCAACAUCUCCUCAUAGAGAUCUAUUGAAUUAAUCCAUCUCUAUGAGGAAAGUUCAGUGUCUGCAUGCAGAGUGUGGAGACUCUGAAUGGCAGUGCUGUACACUGUGCAGCACUGCCCCAGGAAGCACCUCUAGCAGCCAUCUGAAGAAUGGCCAGUGGAGUUAUCACUAGGCUGUAAUGCAGUGGUGUAUCCUGGUUUUGUGCUGCCCUAGGCAGGACAAAACUCAGGCACCCCCUCCCCCCGCGCCACCCCCACCCAACCCUUCCCCCCCACCCCACCUUCUAAAUACUCACACACACACACACAGUCAGACAUACACACACACACACAGUCAGACACAAACACACACAGUCAGACACAUACACACAGUCAGACACAUACACACAAACACAGUCAGACACAUACACAGUGGUGUAUCCUGGUUUUGUGCUGCCCUAGGCAGGACAAAACUCAGGUGCCCCCCCCACACCCCCACCCAACCCUUCCCCACCCCACCUCUAAAUACUCACACACACACACACACAGUCAGACACACACACACACACACACACACAGUCAGACACACACACACACAGUCAGACACAUACACACACACACAGUCAGACACAUACACACAAACACAGUCAGACACAUACACAGUGGGGGUAUCCUGAGUGUAGCCGUCCCCAGGCAGGACAAAACCUCAGGCCACCACCCCCGCCACACCCCCCACCCAACCCCUCCCACCCACCCCAACACACACACACACAGUCAGACACAUACACACACACACACACACACACAGUCAGACACAUACACAGACACAAACACAGUUAGACACAAACAUACAGUCACACACAAACACACACACAGUCAGACACAAACACACACACACACAUACACAAACAGUCACACACAAACACACACACUCACAAACACACAAACACAGUCAGACACACACACACAGUCAGACACACACACAGUCAGACACAAACACACACCCACACACAGUCAGACACAAACACACACAGUCAGACACACACAGAGUCAGACACAAACACACACACACACACACAGUCAGACACACACACACAUUAACUUUUUUUUUAAUUUAAAUCCCCCCCCCAACCUCCUUACCUUUGGGAGUGCUGGGGGGGGGGGAGGUCUCUCUCUCCCUGGUGGUCCAGUGGCUGCCGGUCGGGCUGGGUGGCUCUGGCUGCUGUGCGGGCGGCUGGCGAGGGAGCACCUCCUCUGAUCUGACUGCUCAGCUCCCAGCCUCACUCUGCGGCACGCGAGGGAGCUGAGCAGUCAGCUCAGAGGAGGUGCUCCCUCGCCAGCCGCCCUCCUGCCAGCGCCGCCCGCCCGCUCGGGAUGUCAGUUAGCCACAAGGCUAACUAGGCAUUUGCCCUGGGCAUUUGGGGGGCGGCGUUUUUUGCCGCCCCCUGGAAAAUGCCACCCAAGGCAAAUGCCUUGUUUGCCUCGCGGCUAAUACGUCCCUGCACAUACACAGACACAAACACAGUCAGACACAAACACACACACAGUCAGACACAAACACACACAUAGUCAGACACAUACACAAACACAGUCAGACACAAACACACACACACACACACAGUCACAAAGACACAAACACACACAGUCAGACACAAACAGACACAAACACACACACAAACACACACACAGUCACAAACACACACACACACACAGUCAGACACACAUACACACACACACACAGUCAGACACAAACACACACACACACACACACAGUCAGACACACACACACACACAAUCACUCACAUUAACUUUUUUUUCAAUCCCCCCAGGCUCCUUACCUUUGGGAGUGCUGGGGGGGGUCUCUCUCUCCCUGGUGGUCCAGUGGCUGCCGGUCGGGCUGGCCGGCACUGGCGAGGGAGCACUUCCUCUGAGCUGACUGCUCAGCUCCCUUGCGCACCGCAGAGUGAGGCUGGGAGCCGGAAUAUGACGUCAUCUACCGGCUCCCAGCCUCACUCUGCGGCACGCGAGGGAGCUGAGCAGACCGCUCAGAGGAAGAGCUCCCUCGCCAGCCGCCUGCCCGCUCGGGAUGUCUGUUAGCCGCAAGGCUAACAAGACAUUUGCCCUGGGCAUUUGAGGGCGGCGUUUUUUGCCGCCCCCUGAAAAAUGCCACCGAAGGCAAGUGCCUUGUUUGCCUCGCGGCUAAUACGUCCCUGCUGUAAUGUGAAUACUGCAUUGUCCCUGAAAAGACAGUGUUUACAGCAAAAAGGCAGAGGAGAAUGAUUAUACUCCCCAGAACAAAUACAAUAAGCUAUAGUUGUUCUGGUGACUAUAGUGUCCCUUUGACAUGUAAAAAUGUGCAGUUUAUUUUAUAUGGGUGUUAUGAUGGAUAAUUUUCUAUUGCUUUUGUUUGACUACCUGUUUUAUAUAUGUGAAGGUAGGUUUCAUUAACAAACUCUCCAACUUACAUCCUUCUCCAUCUGACUGUAUCUAUUUAAAAUAACUUAAAAUGCUGCAUUUAAAGAGGGAUAGUUCCUCAUUGUAUCAUGUAGACUUGGGUAUUCAUAUUCGGACUAAUGUAUUUUCGGAUGAAAAUUUGUAUUUUCGUCCAUGUGACAAUGCACAACAAAAUUAAAGAUUAAAAAUAAAGUCAGGUAUCUGUUGUAAUUGUGAAACCAAUUCUAUGCAAACAAAUCUUUAUUAAACCUAUCAUAAACACAAACACAUACUACCAUAAUCCACAGUGUUCUACAAUAAACAAUUACCUGCAAAAACUCAAAUUAGACAUAUAGGAACUGAAGCCGCAUAGAGGCCGCUUUAUCGCCAUAUCAUAUGUGCUUUUUACUGUAUAUUCUCUGCCUUUAACCCCUUAAGGACCAAACUUCUGGAAUAAAAGGGAAUCAUGACAUGUCACAUAUGUCAUGUGUCCUUAAGGGGUUAAAAAGCUGUAAACGUGCUAUAUUCUCUUUAACUCAAAAACCCUCUUUCUUCAUGAUGUAUGUAGCAUAUUGCAUGAUAAGCUGUAUCAUGUGGAUUGAGCAAUAAAGAAAGAAUAAAACAAUUUUAAAAAGACAAUACAGAGCAGGGGUAGGCAUCCUUCAGCACUCCAGCUGUUCUGAAUUACAUCUCUCAUAAUGAUGGCAAAGCAUGAAGGGAGAUGUAGUCCACAACAUCUGGAGUGCCGAAAGAUGCUUGAACCUGAUAUAGAUGAUCAAAAUCAAAACAUGGAGUCUUGCUGUGCAAAGAAAUAGAUUCUUAAUGAGUGCAUACACACAGUUACCUUUGAAAUACAUAUGUGUGGUUUUAGUCAACCAGCUACAUUUAGCACAUGAUGUUUUUUUACGUUCUUCAGGAAUUUUGGGAGUCUGCGGUCCUAAACACACCAGCCUCCAAGAAUUUUAGGAAUCUGCAGUCCCAAACACACCAGCUGUAUUCUAAAACAGGAGUGUAUUAUGGGGACCAACAAACAUUCAUGCAUUCUUUCUGUCCACAGUGAUAAAUGAGCCACCAUGAUGCUGUGCCGAUGCCUAAUCAAGAGACAAGUAUUGCUGGGCACCACAUGGACUCAGUGCUGUGUCAGAGCGUACAGCCGGUGAGGAAACACCAUUGGUGUCACUUUUAUUCCACCAAUAUUUCACUAUGUGACUUUUUGAAGAGUUGUUAGAAGAUACUGUACUCUUUACCUUACUCUUCUGAACUGAUGAAAUACAAUAUAUAUAUACAGUUGCAAGAAAAAGUAUGUGAACCCUAUGGCAUGAUAUGAAUUUCUGCACAAAUUGGUCAUAAAAUGUGAUCUGAUCAUCAUCUAAGUCACAACAAUAGACAAUCACAGUCUGCUUAAACUAAUAACACACAAAUAAUGAAAUGUUGCCAUGUUUUUAUUGAACACACCAUGUAAACAUUCACAGUGCAGGUGGAAAAAGUAUGUGAACCCCUAGACUAAUGACAUCUCCAAGAGCUAAUUGGAGUGAGAUGUCAGCCAACUGGAGUCCAAUCAAUGAGAUGAGAUUGGAGGUGUUGGUUACAGCUGCCCUGCCCUAUAAAAAACACACACCAGUUCUGGGUUUGCUUUUCACAAGAAGCAUUGCCUGAUGUGAAUGAUGCCUCGCACAAAAGAGCUCUCAGAAGACCUACGAUUAAGAAUUGUUGACUUGCAUAAAGCUGGAAAGGGUUAUAAAAGUAUCUCCAAAAGCCUUGCUGUUCAUCAGUCCACGGUAAGACAAAUUGUCUAUAAAUGGAGAAAGUUCAGCACUGCUACUACUCUCCCUAGGAGUGGCCGUCCUGUAAAGAUGACUACAAGAGCACAGCGCAGACUGCUCAAUGAGGUGAAGAAGAAUCCUAGAGUGUCAGCUAAAGACUUACAAAAGUCACUGGCAAAUGCUAACAUCCCUGUUAGCGAAUCUACAAUACGUAAAACACUAAACAAGAAUGGAUUUCAUGGGCGGUUACCACAGAGGAAGCCUCUGCUGUCCAAACAAAACAUUGCUGCACGUUUACAGUUUGCACAAGAGCACCUGGAUGUUCCACAGCAGUACUGGCAAACUAUUCUGUGGACAGAUGAAACCAAAGUUGAGUUGUUUGGAAGAAACACACAACACUAUGUGUGGCGGAAAAAAGACACAGCACACCAACAUCAAAACCUCAUACCAACUGUGAAGUAUGGUGGUGGGGGCAUCAUGGUUUGGGGCUGCUUUGCUGCGUCAGGGCCUGGACGGAUUGCUAUAAUCGAAGGAAAAAUGAAUUCCCAAGUUUAUCAAGACAUUUUGCAGGAGAACUUAGAGCAAUCUGUCUACCAGCUGAAGCUCAACAGAAGAUGGGUAUUGCAACAGGACAAUGACCCAAAGCAUAGAAGUAAAUCAACAACAGAAUGGCUUAAACAGAAGAAAAUACGCCUUCUGAAGUGGCCCUGUCAGAGUCCUGACCUCAACCAGAUUGAGAUGCUGGGGCAUGACCCCAAAAAAGCGAUUCACACCAGACAUCCCAAGAAUAUUGCUGAACUGAAACAGUUCUGUAAAGAGGAAUGGUCAAGAAUUACACCUGACCGUUGUGCACGUCUGAUCUGCAACUACAGGAAACGUUUGGUUGAAGUUAUUGCUGCCAAAGGAGGUUCAACCAGUUAUUAAAUCCAAGGGUUCACAUACUUUUUCCACCUGCACUGUGAAUGUUUACAUGGUGUGUUCAAUAAAAACAUGGCAACAUUUCAUUCUUUGUGUGUUAUUAGUUUAAGCAGACUGUGAUUGUCUAUUGUUGUGACUUAGAUGAUGAUCAGAUCACAUUUUAUGACCAAUUUGUGCAUAAAUCCAUAUCAUUCCAAAGGGUUCACAUAUAUUUACAAAAUACUAAGCAGAACCGGGUCAUAUAAAUAUAUGUUUCAAAUAAAUGUUAUUUUUUAAACUUAAAGAACACUGCAAUGGAUUAGUUAAGUAUAUAUUAUAUGACAUGUUGCUAAUUUUCCAGUCCAGAUUUGCAAGAUCAUUACCAAAUAUUGGGUGUGGAAAAAAAGGCAACAGACAAAGAGAUUAAGAAUGCUUUCUUCAUACAGUCAAAAAAGGUAGGUUUCAUUAACAAACUCUCCAACUUACAUCCUUCUCCAUCUGACUGUAUCUAUUUAAAAUAACUUAAAAUGCUGCAUUUAAAGAGGGAUAGUUCCUCAUUGUAUCAUGUAGACUUGGGUAUUCAUAUUCGGACUAAUGUAUUUUCGGAUGAAAAUUAGCAUUUUCGUCCAUUUGUGCCUUGUAGGUUAUGGUUCAAUAUUUACCUGUCAAAGCACUCUGAUUGAUUGGAUUAAGCCAACCAAUCAGAGCGCUGUGAGUCAAAUUACAGGGCGUGGCAAGGCUUUAUAAGCUUUUCGCUGCCCUGCAAAGCUCAGUCUGCGCGGAGCCUCGCUGGGUGAAUAUGGAUUUAUUUUCGGCAUAUUUAUUUUCUUUUUUUUUUCGUUAGGGUCUUUUUUAUUUUAUUAAUUCCACAGGAUUUUUUUUUUUUUUAUUUGGCUGGAAAAAAAGAUGAUUGAAGGGGAAAAAAAGGCAUAUAAUGGUAAGUAUAAAUGUUUUAUUUAACAGGUAUUUAGUUUAAUUAAGGUAGGUAGGGUAUUUAUUUAUUGGGGGGUGAGUAGGGGCUUGGGGAUUCCAGUCACUUGGGGUGGGGGUUAUUUUUUACUAUUAGCGGCUUAUGCCGCUCUGAUUAUCUAGAGGUUUUUACAUGCUCCUACUAGCGGCAUAGCGAGUAGGGGUUUAUUUACUAAUUAAUUAGUAUUAGUAAAGUUGGCUGAAAGACCAAUUGUGGACUUUCUCAUUUUUAGUAGAUAGCUCCCUAAUACUAGUUGAAUCUAGGGGUCUAUCUACUAAAUGUCUGCAAGAUGCAGCCACGGCCCGGAUCGAAAUUUCAUUACCCAAAUGAAAUUACGAACCGAAUGGGCUAUCCAAAAUGAAAAUAAUGAACAAACUCUGUCCGAAGACUAAUGAGUUAAUGGACAAAAUUAGUUUUGGACAAACGCAAAUUUAGUCAGAAUCUAUCCGUACAAAACAAAGAUUUCUUCCAAGCCUAAGUCUAGUAUCAUGUCAUUAAAUGUUAUUUCAGCAGUUAUUAGGGUGAAUGAAGCAAUAUAAGUAAAAAUACAAACAAACACACAAACUUACUUCUGCUGAACUUACAUCAGGACUCUGAUACCAUACUGAAACGUUGACCCAUUGACCUUUUAUUGUAAUGCAAGUCCCGAGAGUGGAAUCCUUUGUUUGUUUUUUGUAUUUUGGGCUGAUAAUCACCGGGCAAAGACCUGGAAUACAUGGAGUUUUUUUUUUUUUUUUUAUAUAUAUAUAUAUAUAUAUAUAUAUAAAGAUAAGGCUGCACUCACGGUCUUCAUAAAAUCCAAAAAUACUUUAUUUUCAAAUAUUUAAAAUAGGAUCAACUUUUCAGACUUGUUUUUUUUACCCUGAGGAUUCCCAUGGGUGGACUGAAGCAUUGAUCCUAUUUUAAAUAUUUGAAAAUAAAGCAUUUUUGAAUUUUAUGAAGACCGUGAGUGCAGCAUUAUCUUUGGAAUUGUAUUUAUGUGAGUCCAGGCUUUGGCACCCGGCACACUGCAAUAAUAUAGCUUGAGUGCAAGGAUUUUCCUAUAUAUAUAUAUAUAUAUAUAUAUAUAUAUACACACCAAGAGAGUUGUGGUGGGGAAAAAAGUGUGGAUGAAAACCACUUCCACCUGAAGUACGUGGAUAGUGGGACAAAACUUUUUUUAGAUACAUAAAUGAGAAAAGAAAAGUAAAACAAGGAUUAGUUAGAUUAAAAACAAAAGAAGGAAGGUAUGUAGAAGAGGAUAAAGGUCUAGCUGACUGCCUCAAUUAAUAUUUUUGUUUGGUAUUUACAGAUGAAAAUGAAGGAAAGGGACCUCAGUUAAGAAAAAGGAUAAAUGAGUCAUUUAUUACACGCGAGUUUACAGAGGAAGAGGUUCUAUUUCAACUGUCAAAAGUAAAGACAAAUAAGUCAAUGGGACCUGAUGGAAUACACCCAAAGCUGUUAAAAGAGCUUAGUGGUGUACUAGCAAAGCCAUUAACAGAUUUAUUUAACCAAUCAUUGUUAACAGGAGUAGUCCCAGAAGAUUGGAAGCUAGUGAAUGUUGUGCCCAUUGACAAGAAAGGUAAUAGGGAGGAGUCGGGCAACUAUAGGCCAGUAAGCCUUACUUCAGUAGUGGGGAAAGUGAUGGAAACCAUGUUAAAGGAUAGGAUUGUUGAACAUCUAAAACACAUGGAUUACAAGAUCAGAGACAACAUGGGUUUACUUCAGGCAGAUCAUGCCAAACUAAUCUUAUUGAUUUUUUUGAUUGGGUAACUAAAAUUAUAGAUCAGGGUGGUGCAGUAGACAUUGCUUACCUAGAUUUCAGUAAGGCUUUUGACACUGUUGCACAUUGAAGGCUUAUCAAUAAACUGCAAUCUUUAAGUUUGGAUUCCAAUAUUGUUGAAUGGGUAAGGCAGUGGCUGAGUGAUAGGCAACAGAGAGUUGUAGUUAAUGGAGUAUAUUCGAAGCUUGGGCUUGUCACCAGUGGGGUACCUCAGGGAUCUGUACUUAGACCCAUUAUCUUUAAUAUUUUUAUUAGUGAUAUUGCAGAAGGUCUUGAUGGUAAGGUAUGUCCUUUUGCUGAUGAUACUAAGAUAUGUAAGAGGGUUGAUGUUCCAGGAGGGAUGAGCCAAAUGGCAAAUGAUUUAGGUAAACUAGAAAAAUGGUCAGAGUUGUGGCAACUGACAUUUAAUGUGGAUAAGUGCAAGAUAAUGCAUCUUGGACGUAAAAACCCAAAGGCAGAGUACAGAAUAUUUGAUAGAGUCCUAACCUCAACAUCUGAGGAAAGGGAUUUAGGGGUGAUAAUUUCUGAUGACUUAAAGGUAGGCAGACAAUGUAAUAGAGCAGCAGGAAAUGCUAGCAGAAUGCUUGGUUAUAUAUGGAGGUAUUAGCAGUAGAAAAAAGGGAAGUGCUCAUGCCAUUGUACAGAACACUGGUGAGACCUCACUUGGAGUAUUGUACGCAGUACUGGAGACCGUAUCUUCAGAAGGAUAUUGAUACCUUAGAGAGGGUUCAGAGAAGGGCUACUAAACUGGUUCAUGGAUUGCGGGAUAAAACUUACCAGGAAAGGUUAAAGGAUCUUAGCAUGUAUAGCUUGGAAGAAAGACGAGACAGGGGGGAUAUGAUAGAAACAUUUAAAUAUAUAAAGGGAAUCAACACAGUAAAGGAGGAGACUAUAUUUAAAAGAAGAAAAACUACCACAACAAGAGGACAUAGUCUUAAAUUAGAGGACAAAGGUUUAAAAAUAAUAUCAGGAAGUAUUACUUUACUGAGAGGGUAGUGGAUGCAUGGAAUAGCCUUCCAGCUGAAGUGGUAGAGGUUAACACAGUAAAGGAUUUUAAGCAUGCGUGGGAUAGGCAUAAGGCUAUCCUAACUAUAAGAUAAGGCCAGGGACUAAUGAAACUAUUUAGAAAAUUGGGCAGACUAGAUGGGCCGAAUGGUUCUUAUCUGCCGUCACAUUCUAUGUUUCUAAGUGGAAUUAUGAGGCCAAAAUGUGGUUCUUUGUUGAGCUCGUUUGCAUAAGCCUACCCAGAAUCCCUUGCAGUAGUGAGAGCACUGUUACAGUGAGAUUUCUGUGGGAAAAGCAAGUCUUAUGGCUUGACUGAUGUGUGUACUUAUGUUUAGCAAUGUAUUAACUAUAUAUAUAUAUAUUAGGGUGACUUUGAUGCCCCAUGAUGCUUUGGUUGUGUGCAGUCACUCUUGGGAACCUACACAGAAAUGCCACAAGAGCGCCUGUCUACUCAGGCGUUCUUCAGUAGUGUUGUUUGUGUGCAUGCAAACUGCACUGUUGAGGUUAAACUAGUUUAAAUGCAAUUAAACUCAUUUAAAACAAACUAUUGGGGCAUGAGGGGCACUUGGUUUCAGUACAUACUCUUCCCUGAAGGUGAAGCAACUCUACCACCCAAGGGAAUCGGCUAACCCAACCUGGGGGACUGAUACAAGAGCCGUACCUUCACAUGAUGAUGAGGGACAACAGCCUCCCAACCCUGAGUGCUCUACAGCCAGUAUAAUGUUAAUUGUUAUCUGUCAUUAAUAUGUAGUUACUACAUGGUAGUCACAGGCUCUACAAUUGAUUAUCAUUAUCUCACUCCAGUGUUAUGCAGGGAAUUCCCUAAUGCUUCUCUGCUGACAUGUAAAUCAGCUACUACUCUCUGGAUUUCCUUUUUUUUUUUUUUUUUAACCCCUGACACUCUCCUCCUGAGAGGCUGUAUAUGCCUAUAAACUCUGUAUUCAUUCCUAACUGGACAGAUAUGCCUAGACAACCCAAGCAAGUACACUAUUAUGUUCUUCUCACUCCAUGUCUGGCUAAUCCCUUUAGUUUCCUAACUACUAACAAUCUGGUGUAUCACAGCCCGAGAUGUAUUUGCAUUGCAUGAUGUUACCUUAUAUAAAAUUGUGCUAGGGCUUUGUCUGCCAUGCCAUUAUAUCGCUAUGUUUAUUUUUCUGGGCUGAACGAUGCUGUUGUGGCAUAGUUAGCCUAGAUGUUAUCUUGAGCACAACAAAAAUAAAGAAUUACAAAAAAGUAAAAAUAAACUAGUGAGAUUUUUAAAAUGUUAAAGCUGCACUGUGCACUGAAAUUUCACUGAAAUUCCAACCCAGUCAAGAGCUAUACAGAGACAAAGUAGGCACUACAGUGUAUCUUUAUUUCUCCUCCGACUGACUUUCUUACACUCACGGCAGAGUCUAAGUGUCAAUCCCAGAGAAUUGGCUUUGUCUAUAGAGGAUUGUCUGUCUAUGGAGGUAUGGAGGACCCUCCUUAGACAUCAAUGCUGUACUCUCGUGAUAUUGUUUAUAAGACUAAAACAUUCACAACUAUGCCUUUUUAUUGUCUCCAAUUUUCCUGGCUGAAAUGUGAUGGGCUACGUGAUCCACAAGGAAUGGGGUUUCAUAGGAGAGUACCAUGAGGUGUUAUGACACACACUUGCAGUUAGCUCAACGUUUUCCAACUGACAUAUAUAAAGUAAAGCCUUUCGCUUUAAACUCACUAUAUAAUGCACCAUUACUCAGCUACAACCUACAUUUAUUUAUCCAUUUUACAUAGAAAAUGUCAUAUCUGCUGCUCCAUUUCCUCCUUUAAGAGCCAUCUGACUCUCUUCUUCACAUUAAUUACAGUUGCACCCAGAUAGCAACCCUUCAAACCCUCUGCUGCAUGCUGAAUUUGUACGUCUGAACGAGGCAUACAAAGUAUUGAGCAGAGACAGCUCUCGUAGGCAGUAUGACAAGUUUCUAGAUGCUCUGAAGAGAGAACACUGGGUUCCUGGAAGAGACAAUUCUACCUUCCAAAACAGAGGCUCUUCUUACAGGUAGCAGUGCAACGCUCCAAAUGACUUCGCAUCCACCUUUUCCUCUGUCAUGUGCCAUAUUUUGUCUUUUUAACUACCUUUUGUUUAUUCCUCCGAUUUCGCUUUUCCAUUAACUUCUCAAUGUUUCUUUUUUAUUAUUAUUUGUUUUUUAUCCCUCACUUAUCUUUCUCUCCCAUCUCCAUAUCCCGUGCUUUCUAAGCCUCCCUGUCUAUUUCACUCUCUCUUAUCUUUGCGAUUUGUUGGCAUUAGAAAAUUCCUUCAGUCUCGCUAUACAUCAUAGGGGUACUGGGAGGAAUGUAAUCUUGUCCAUAAUGAAGUCGCAAACAUGUUAUUAACUGUCAUGUGGAAACAAACAUUUGUCCCAUGUCACUCAUUCUACCCAUUCCGUUACCCUAAAUGUAUUUAUCUCUCUUUUAUUGCACCCCCACACUAUAACUCAGGCCUGCUUCAGAGGACAAUGCAUUCUACUGGACUCAGUUUUCUCAAGGGACUGGAGCGUCUACUCACCAGAGGAAGAGAAGAAACAGCCGCUUGGUUUGGUUCUGUAUAUUACUAAUGACCGGAAGCAUGAUUGCACACUAUGUGGGCUUCAGGUAAAUAAGAAAUUCUUCUUUGUACUAUUUGUUCUGCGUUUGUUGAAAGUGAUCCUUAGUCUGUAUUAGUUUAAUAAAUACAGAUCUCUGGCAGUUGUGAUUAGUAUAUCUGUGCUUGGAAAGCCUCCAGCACUAACCAUUGACAUUUUAUUCAUAACACAUUUUCACAAAAUUAAAAAAAGAACAUUUAUUAAAUCAUAAUGAAUUUUUACUGAUGCUCAAUCAUAGUUUUCCUCAAUAACAGAUAACCGCAAAUUCAGUUAGAGGCAAAUAAUUGUGAAACACUUACUGGACAGAUCAAAACUGUGAAUUUAUGCAUAAAAACAAACUAUAUUCAAAUUUAACAACUGAAUAUGUAUGUGCAUAUUUCUGUUUGUAUUGUGUUUGAAUCUGUAUAGCAAGUGCAUGCAGCUGUGUAAAAUGCAUGCAGGGUUAAAUAUAUUGUUAGAAGUGGUUAUGCUAAAGGGGGGUUUAAGGUUUGAGAAGGGUUAAUGUCAGAGUUAGAUGACAUGGGAUGUUUACUGUUUAGAAAACUUAAAGCUUGAGUGAAGUUAUAGUUAUGGUAUAAGAGGUGUUUAGAUUUAUUGGUUUUAGGGUUAGAGUGGGGUUACAUUUAAUAUUGAAGUUCAUGGGGUGUUUAGUGUUUAAGAGGGAUUAAACCUAGGGGUAAGGUCUUUUUCAAGUUUAGGGUUCGAGUGGUUAAAUUUGGGACUAAGGAAUGUUUUGGUUUCAGUAAAGGAUAAAUUUAGGGCCAAUGGGAAAUGGGAGAUUAGGUUGCAGGCAUUUAUAUUAGAGCUAUAGAUCUAGAUCAGUGCCACAUACACCAUUACAGGCAGGCAGUCUCACACACAAUUACAGUCAGACUGUCAAAUAUACAUUUAAAGUCAGACGGUCACACAUGCUGUUACAGACACAGCCACAUACAAAGUCACAGGCAGGCAGCCACAGAUACAAUCAGUUACAGACAGACAGUCACGCACACAGAGUUACAAGCAGUCACACAUACAUACACACACACACACACACAGUUACAGACAGUCACACAAACCACACAAUUACCUUUUUCCAUUAUGGGCUGGAGGAGGAGGUCUGGAGGCGGUGCAGUCCCUGCCCUAUAGUAGUUGGGGAAGCAGGGAUCCUUCCUACUUCCCUUCAUUGUGCAGCAGUAAGUGCAGCAGUUUCAGGACAGAUUUAGCCACACCCCAUCACACUUUAGCUCCACCUCCUGCUUAGCUCCACCUCACCUCCAACUUAGCUCUAUGCAGGGGCGUUUUAGCCGCGAGGCAAACAAGGUAUUUGCCUUGGGCGGCAUUUUUCAGGGGGCGGCAAAAAACGCCGCCCCCAAAUGCCCAGGGCAAAUGCCUUGUUAGCCUUGCGGCUAACAGACAUGCCGAGCGGGCGGGCGACGCUGGCUGAUGGUCCGGCGGGCGGCUGCCGAGGGAGAUCUUCCUCUGAACUGUCUGCUCAGCUCCCUCGCGCGCCGCAGAGUGAGGCUGGGAGCUGGAAUAUGACGUCAUCUUCCGGCUCCCAGCCUCACUCUGCUGGCGGAAACAGCCAGCUCAGAAGAAGCUCCCUCACCAGCGCCCACCCGGCCCAGCGCCCCCGCCAGCCACUGGACCACCAGGGAGAUUAGACCCCCCCAGCAUUCCCAAAGGUAAGAGUCGCUAAAAAAUGUGUGUGUGUGUGAGUGUGUCUGCUAGUGUGUGUCUGCUAGUGAGUUAGUGUGUGUCUGACUGUGUGUGUCUGUUAGUGUGUAUGUGUGUGUCUGUUAGUGUGUGUGUGUGUGUGUCAGUGUGUGUGUCUGUUAGUGUGUGUGUGUCUGUUAGUGUGUGUGUGUCUGUUAGAGUGAGUGUGUGUGUCUGUUAGAGUGAGUGUGUGUGUCUGUUAGAGUGAGUGUGUGUGUGUCUGUUAGCGUGUGUAUGCGUAUCUGUCAGUGAAUGUGUGUAUUUAGAAGGCGGGGCGGGGGGAAGGGUUGGGUGGGGGGGUGCCUGAGUUUUGUCCUGCCUAGGGCAGCACAAAACCAGGAUACACCACUGGCUCUACGCCCAUAGGCGUACGCACGGGGUGUAAUGCAGAGCUGGCGCAAUCCGAUUGCCGGCUCUGCUCUCAGCCUCCCUCCCCACUGGCCCACAUGCAGGGAGGGAGGCAGGAGAGGACCCGGAGAGCUAUUGCCAGCAGCUCCACUGGGUUCCUCUCGCGAAAUCUGAGCGUUGCCGCGGCAACCCUUAAAUCUCGCGAGAAUGAACUCUAGCCCCGCAUGCUAGAGUUCACUCUCCACUGGACCACCAAGGAAGGCAGCAGCAUGUCCCCCCUACCUAAGGUAAGAAGGGAGGGGGGAUAUUUAUUAACUAAUCUGCCCCCACCUCCACAACCACAAAUCACCCAAACAUACAGCACACACACACACAGCACCCUCACACAUACAGCACCCUCACACACACAACACCCUCACACACACAGCACCCUCACAUACAGCACCCACAGCACACAGACAGCACCCACACACACACAGCACCCUUACACAUACAGCACCCUCACACACAAAGCACCCUUACACACAGCACACCCACCCACAUACAGCACCCACACCCACACACAGCACCCUCACACACACACAGCACCCUCACACACAGCACACCCACACACAUACAGCACACACAUACAGCACCACACACACACACACAGCACCCUCACAUACAGCACCCAGCACACAGACAGCACCCACACACACACACACAGCACCCUUACACAUACAGCACCCCACACACAAAGCACCCUUUACACACAGCACACCCACCCACAUACAGCACCCACACCCACAUACAGCACACACACACACAGCACCCUCACAUAUACAGCACCCUCACACACACAACACCCUCACACACACAGCACCCUCACAUACAGCACCCACAGCACACAGACAGCACCCACACACACACAGCACCCUUACACAUACAGCACCCUCACACACAAAGCACCCUUACACACAGCACACCCACACACAUACAGCACCCACACCCACACACAGCACCCUUACACACAACACACCCACACACAUACAGCACCCACACACACAGCACCCCACACCCACAGCACCCACACACACACAGCACCCACACACAGCACCCCCACACACAGCACCCACACACACACAGCAACCACACACAUACAACACCCUCACACACAGCACACCCUCACACACAGCACACCCACACACAUACAGCACCCACACACACAGCACACACACACACCAUCCUCACACACAUAGCACACAGACAGCACCCACAAACAUACAGCACUCUCACACAUGCAGAACCCUCACACACACAGCACCCUCACACACAGCACACCCACACACACACAGCACACACACACACACACAGCACACACACAGCACCACACAUAGAGCACCCACACACACACAGCACACACACACAGCACCCACACACACACACACAGCACCCCACACACACACACCCACACACAUACAGCACCCACAGACACACAGCACCCUCACACACACAGCACUUUCACACACACAGCACAAAGACAGCAUCCACACACAUACAGCACCCUCACACACAACACACCCACACACACACAGCACACCCACACACAUACAGUACACAGACAGCACCCAAACACAUACAGCACCCUCACACACACAGCACCCACACACAGCACCCUCUCACACACAGCACACACAUACAGCACCCUUACACACACAGUACACUUACAGCACCCUCACAAACACACAGCACCCUCACAAACACACACACAGCACACAAACAGCACACUCACACACAAACAGUACCCUCACACACAGCACACUAACAGCACCCUCACAAACACACGACACCCACAAACAGCACCAUCACACAGCACACUAACAGAACCCUAACAAACACACACACAUAGCACACUACCAGAACCUUCACACACAGCACACAAACAGCACCCUCACACACAGUACUCUAACAGCACCCUCACAAACACACACACAUAAACACCCUAACCCACAUAGCACACUACCAGCACCCUCACACACAUCACACUAACAGCACCCUCACACAGCACACACACACACACAGCAGUGUAUGUAUGUGUUUGUGUGUGUAUAAAUAUAUAUAUAUAUAUAUAUAUAUAUAUACACACAUACAUACAUACAUAUACUCGCAGCGUGUGUUUGUGCUUUAGGGUGCACACCCUAAUGCAAUAGGCUGUGCACGCCUAUGUCUACCCCCUCUUGCGUACUUUGCCAUAGAUUUAGAAACACUGCAUUGCUGGGCACUGUGUGUGCGAGCCAUGUCGACAACGCGGUGCCCCUGCUGCCAUGGCGCCCUGUGCGGCUGCACAGCUUGUACACCCUAAGAUUGGCCCUGGUGGGCAGAUGGGAAGUGAUCCCUUCCACAUCCUGUCUAAUCUCACACACAGACACUGGAGGAGCUGGGAGAGCACUGAGUUUUACAUCCUCUAUAACUAUUUCUGCUAUGGACUACAUAGGAAACUUCCCAAUGCUCCUGGUACGUAUCUCUCCUCAACUUAAAGGAACACUCCAAUGGGGAAAAAAAAAAUCCAUAUUUUUUGUUUUUUUUUAUCAUUCUACUAGAUAUACCUACACUUAAAACAUGAGUGCAUUUAAAGUUAUUCCAGUCUUUAUGCGAACACUUUUUUAUUUUUUUUUAAACUGACAAUGCCCUAUUACUAUUAGGUCCCUCCGUAAAAAAAUAAAAAUGUUUAAACUUACCUUAACUCAACGCUGAACAAAUCUCCUGGUGCUGCUCUUCCAUGCCCCAUCAUGACAUCACACAGCACUUGUACGCAGUAUGAGGAGGGGGGGAUUUUAAUAAUUUUUUUUAAAAACCUGUGUAAGUGAUAGAGUGAUCUGGAAGGGAGCACCCACAGUGUGGAAGGCUAUCUCCCUGCAAGGUGGAAGAUAUUUACAUCGGUCAGCAGCGUGCGCUGAUAAAAAAAAAGUAAAAUAUGCACAGAAAAUGAAGCAGCCCAGAAUUCUGGGCUAAGUCACAUGUAACAGAGGUGCAACUCGCUCCCAGCACACAAUUGCAAAUAAUUCUGGAUGUGCGGUGUUUCAAACUGACCACUUCAAAUCACUGGUAGCUGGAAUAACCCUUUUAUUAUGAAUUUUUUAACUUGGGGGUAUAUCAAAAAACAGUGUGCAAAAUGAGGAUCUCUUGUCUGCAGAUAUGCCUAGCCCUCUGCUUCUAACCCAGUCCCAACAUGCAUUUCUGUGAUAUAGGGUUGGCUCUGAAACGUGUAUGCUGCCAUCUUGGUUACUGGAAAUAUAUCCGGUCCUGCAGUAUUAGUCACUAGACAUAUUAGUAUAGCAUAAUAAUACUGGACACAUCAGUCUCUAUUCCAGUGCUAAUUGUAAUAUCUCAAUCAUGCUCUAUUAAUCAUUGGUAACAGAUACUGACCCUGUAAGCGGUCACUGGAGACAUUGGGCUCUGCAUUGUUGCUGAGAUUUCCAAUUAAUUGUUCCAAUGUGGUUAUUUUGGCCUGACAUUUGUACCAACAGUUUACAAUCGCCAUGUAUGGUCUGCAUGGAUCAUUAUCAUAUAUCAUCCCAUAAUGUAUACUCUUAACCUCCCACCUCCUGUCCUUUCUUUGCCCCUACUGCUUUUUUCAUUUUAGUCCAUAUUUCAGGGUAUUUCCCUUUCAUUCUUCUCCUCACUUGUUGCUUCAGUAAAUUCUACUCCCACUCCCCUUCACGUGCCACCUUCCUCUUCCAUCUCUACGUCUAUUCUUCCUGCACUAGGAAUUCUACAAAUCCGAAACACAUAACCUCCCACUGUAGUUUUCCCUGCUGCUCUUCAUUAUUUAUUCAAUUAAUCACUGUGACAUCUCAAUUAGAUCAUACCAGAUCAGCUCAUACACAGAACCCCAGUACGGUAACAACACCUUUACAGUUAUUCACAAAACAGAGUUAUUUACUAACGUGAGAAUUGUCGGGAAUUUAAAGUCAUAUUUUAGAUCACGUUAACUGAACGUCAGAUGUGUUUCCAAUUCAGAUAUUUUGGAUUUAAAUUUGAAAUUGUCUGGAUUUGACAAUUCAGGCACAGAAUGGGCCAGAAUUUUUUCAGGAUUUCAGCUAGACCAAACAACGCAGGACAACUGAAAUCAAGAACCAAAUGCUUCAAAUAUGGUCCCAGAUUCUUCAAAUAUGGGCCCAGAUAUAUAAAAAAAAUCCAAACUAUUUGCCUGUUGGUAGCACUAGCAGCCAUUAAGCAAAUAAGUAUAAUUCCUCAGUGGGGCAAAUGUUAAUUAUGUGGUGGUUAAAAUUAAAUAAAUAAAAAACAUAUGGGGGCCAAUUAGACCCCAUUUUACUAUAAGGAAGAUUGAAAACCUCCUUAUGCCUGCAUAUCCUAAAUGUCUAAAACUAGCUUCUGUGCCAUUGCUGCCAGACGCUAGAAAUGCCCCAUCUCAUAUUAUGUAAGCCAUUACAUCAGUUUGUAUUUUUCAGCUUUUUUUGGCAUUGUUUAAUUAUUUACAGCCCCCACCUGCCACCCAUGAGUAGAGGCAUAUAGUAUAUUAUGUCCACCCAGUAUAAAUUCAACAUCCCCCACCUGUGGUCAAAAUUAGGAUGUCCCCCCCUGUUUUCUUUUCUUUAAUUGGCCCUGUUAGAAGGCAAAUAGUACUUAAAAUUAUCAUCUAUUUGCGUAAAAGCAAGUGAAUGAUAAUUUGCGAAUGCGCAUCCUGCCGGAUACAUUCGGUCUGGAAUUUUAUUUAAAACAGUUAUUUGGGUAUCUUCUAAAAUCAAUACUUUGUUUAGGGUUUGGUUCGAGAGCACUGAUUUUAAUCUGCCUUCCAAAUGUAUCUGCAUAAUUGCAGCAUAUUCACUCGGGCAACCGAAUUCCGACUGGAUUUGGCUUUAGUAAAUGUGAAAAUUGCCAUUGUGGUUGAAAUUCGUCAAUUUUCACUGAAUUAUUCACUAAACUGAAAGUUAAAGGAUCACUAUAGGGUCAGGAACACAAACAUGGAUUCCUGACCCUAUAGUGUUAAAACCACUAUCUAUCCCCCUUGGCCUCCCUAAAGAUAGUAAAAUUUUACUUGUAUUCAAGUCUGAAGAUGCUGCCUCUGCCUGUGAACUUCCUCUGACAUCAUCAGAAGUGGUGGCCUGAUCCAAUCACAAUGCUUCCCCAUAGGAUUGGCUGAGACUGACAGAAAGGCAGAUCAGAGGCAGAGCCAGCACAAUUCAAAUACAACCCUGGCCAAUCAGCAUCUCCUCAUAGAGAUGAAUUGAAUCAAUGAACCUCUAUGAGGAAAGUUCAGGGUCUGCAUGCAGAGGGAGGAGAUACUGAAUGUUUGGAUGCAUUUUAGGCAGCCAUGACCCAGGAAGGAUCUCUAACAGCUAUCUGAGGAGUGGCCAGUGAAGUUAUCCCUAGGCUGUAAUGUAAACACUGCAUUUUCUCUGAAAAGACAGUGUUUACAGCAAAAAGCCUGAAGGUAAUAAUAAUUCUACUCACCAGAACACAUUCAAUAAGCUGUAGUUGUUCUGGUGACUAUAGUGUCCCUUUAAUGUUUUAUAACCUUUGAUAAUAUUGUAAAGCGCUAAGGAAUAUGCUGGCGCUAUAUAAAUACCAGUAAUAAUAAUAACCGACCUGCAAAAUUUAAAUGCGGUCCAUCUCCUAGUUGUACGGCAGCUAGAAGGGAUAUAAAAUAUGAUCUUGGCCAUGAGAAGCCUUUCCGAAACUGGGAUAGUUCAAUAGUGUUUCACUAAGCAUCAUAUGACCAUAACAUCCAACAGGUGUUUUUAUAUAUAAUUUAUUAUUUUAUGUAUAGUGUGCCUAUACUACCUGCCUUUCCCUAUUUACAAAGGUUAACAGUAAAAUGACUAAAUAUUCGGCUUAGAAAAUCAUUUUCUUUUUGUAUACUUUGUUCUGGCAUUUGGCCCAGCAUUAUUAAACAAUGUGAUAAAAUGUAUCAACAUUCAACUUGAAGACACAUUGCUCUUGAUACAGGUAUCGGGCUGGCACAUUGCCCAGAAUUCUAUAAGCACAAUAUUAACUGAUAUUCUCCUCCGAGGAAUUUCCAGAAUGCAAAUACAACCUCUGGCUGUAAUGUGGAUUGUUACUGCGUCAAAUCAGAGGCUUGCUUGGAGGAAACGAGCGCACCCAAAUAUGCAAUAUAUGCACCUAUGACAAUAUUUAGCUAGCCCUCGUGAAAGGCUAGACAAAAUACGACUUUUGUUUAUCUGCUAGGAGAAAGCACUAGUACUCACAAGAGAAAACAUUACAAGCCGCUCACUGUUUUAUAUGUAGGAACGGCUUAAUCUGUUACCCAUCUUUUGGAUUGAUAAAUGUAUAACUUGCUAGUUGAGGGGUAUCAAACAAAUAUAUUUAUUUAUUUUACAGUUCUUAUGUAGCACAACGGCCUAUUAAAAUAGUAUCAAAGCUAGGAGAAGGGGCCUUUGCUACAUGUAAAUCAUGUUGGUUUGUUGGUACUACAACAUCAGGAAAUCGAGAAAGUAUCGUUUUAGUCACCUGACCUUUAUCAGAAUCAUCUAAAAUGUUACUGUUGCUUUAUAAUAGGAUAAGGAUAGAUCAACGUAUCCAGCAGUUCCACUCAUCUGAUCUAAUGAAUGGACCUGCUGUUGGCGACUUAACUGUAUAUUCGAUAAACUCUUGCCUUUUGUAAGUGAAUGAUAAUUUCCAAUAACACUCGACAAUGUGAAGGUUAACCAAUUGCUCUGUGGAAGCUCCAAGCUCCUAGUCAAAAAAAAUUACCCUGCCUAUCCCGUUACCGUAAAAAUAGUGAAGGGGAUAAAUUAACUAUAACCUUAAAAUAAAAAAAAAUAAAAAACAUAAUAUGCUAUGCAAUGAUUUAAAAAAGGCAUACCAUUUGCAAAUAACCUGCUAAAAAAUAAAAAACCCAACGCAACAUAAAUUGAUCCAUCUUUGGCCCUUGAGGGCUACACAGAGAAUGCGUUUCAAGGUGAAAAAAUAAGUUCUAAAGACAUUCCAGUGAUUUGAUUUCUCAUUAGAGCACUGUGAUUGGUUGGCUUUCUGCUGGAACACUUUGAUAUAUAAAUGAUAGAAGGUAGAAGCCCUGUGUUUUGGCGCAGAUGAGUUUUUUUGCCUGUCCUUCAUCUUCUCAUAAAUUCUAUUUCUGAUAUUUCUAGAAAACAGCACUCCAUAAAGUAAACUGAACUUAAAGUCGCACUGUCAUGUUUUUUUAUCAUAGGUUUCCUUUCCUUAUGCCCCUUGUAUCUUAAUGCUUAUACUCCCUCCUUGCCACAGGCCUUUAUUUAUAUUUGUUAUCUUUUCUUUAGGGAUCGACCGAUAUUGAUUUUUUUAGAGCCGAUACCGAUACCGAUAAUAUGUGAACUUUCAGGCCGAUAGCCGAUAACUUGCCGAUAUUCUGUACAUUUACCAUUUUGAAAAAAUAAACUAAUCCUAAAGGUAAAUGCACAAAAUAUACAUGCCACAUGUAGUGGAUGAAGUGUGUUUAGACAGGGAGCUGUGUGUGUUUGUGUAGUGUGUAUAGUGAAUGCAGUGAGUGUUUAUGUAGUGUGUAUAUAAAGUGAAUGCAGAGUGUGUUUUUGUAGUGUGUAUAGUGAAUGCAGUGAGUUUUUGUGUAGUGUGUAUAUAUAGUGAAUGCAGUGUGUGUGUGUGUUUGUGUAGUGUGUGUAUACUGAAUGCAGUGUGUGUUUGUGUAGUGUGUAUACUGAAUGCAGAAUGUGUGUUUGUGUAGUGUGUAUAGUGAAUGCAGAGUGUGUGUUUGUGUAGUGUGUAUAGUGAAUGCAGAGUGUGGAUAUAAUGCAGUGUGUGUGUUUGUGUAAUGUGUAUAUAAUGCAGUGUGUGUGUGUAAUGCAGUUUGUGUUUGUGUAGUGUGUGUAUAUGUAAUGCAGGGUGUGUGUGUUUUUGUAGUGUGUGUGUAUGUAAUGCAGGGUGUGUGUGUGUGUGUUUGUGUAGUGUGUAUGUAAUGCAGUGUGUGUUUGUGUAGUGUGUGUGUAUGUAAUGUAGUGUGUGUGUGUAAUGCAGUGUGUGUGUUUGUGUAGUGUGUGUAUGUAUGUAAUGCAGUGUGUGUGUGUGUUUGUGUAGUGUGUGUGUGUGUAUGUAAUGCAGGGUGUGUGUGUUUGUGUAGUGUGUGUAUGUAAUGUAGGGUGUGUGUGUAAUGCAGUGUGUGUGUGUGUGUGUGUGUAAUGCAGUGUGUGUGUGUGUGUGUUUGUGUAGUGUGUAUGUAAUGCAGUGUGUGUUUGUGUAGUGUGUGUGUAUGUAAUGUAGUGUGUGUGUAAUGCAGUGUGUGUGUAAUGCAGUGUGUGUGUUUGUGUGUGUUUGUGUAGUGUGUGUAUGUAUGUAAUGCAGUGUGUGUGUGUGUUUGUGUGUGUUUGUGUUUGUGUAGUGUGUGUGUAUGUAAUGCAGUGUGUGUGUGUGUUUGUGUAGUGUGUGUAUGUAAUGCAGUGUGUGUGUGUUUGUGUAGUGUGUGUUUAGGCAAUGCAGUGUGUUUGUGUGUGUGUUUGUGUGUGUGUUUGUGUAGUGUGUGUGUAUGUAAUGCAGUGUGUGUGUAUAUGUAAUUUGUGUAAAAUGGGGGUGGGGGCAUUUUUUUUAUAAUUUUCUUUUAAAAUAUUUAAUUUUUUUUUUAGUCCCCCCUCCCUGCUUCUUACCAGGGAGGUGGGCUAUGGCAUUCCCUGGUGGUCCGGUGGCUUGUUAAGUACUGGGCAAGCGCUGACUUACCUUGCCAGCAGCUCCUCCAGCUCCCCAGUGUAAAUCUCGCUGCCCUUAGUGCUGCGCGGAGUGUUGCCAUGGUAACCCGUGGCAAUGCUCUGAUGGCCGCGGGUCUCGCGAGAUUUACACUGGGGAGCUGGAGGAGCUGCUGGCAAGGUAAGUCAGCGCUUGCUGCUGGCCCCCCGAGGACCGCCGGGCUUGUAAUGAGCCCGGCAGUCAUAGGAGGUAUUAUCGGCAAUAUCGGUAUCUAUAUUGGCCGAUACCGAUAUUGCAGAAAAUACCGAAUAUCGGCCGAUUAUAUCAGUAAAACCGAUAAUCGGUCAUUCCCUACUUUUCUUCCUUGUGCCGAAUCUCAAUAUAUAGACGCCAUCUUUUUGUUCUCUAAAUUAACUUUGUAAAUUAGCUUAGCAACUGAACUGGAACUUUGAUUUAGCUCCACCUAUUGCCACAGAUUGCCAAAGACCACACUCUCCAGAGGAAAAAGUAGUUCAUAGUUUUCUUUAUGUACACAAUAUAGGGUUCAAGUUAAAAUAAUAAAAACAAAACAAAAAAAUUAAUUAAAAAAACAAAGCCUGCAAAAUGACAGUGCCACUUAUAUUGAAUAAAUGCACUCGGAGUGUAAUGCGAUAAGAUACGUUUUAUGAUAACUGGCACCUUCCUUUCUUUCAACAGCAUAUUAAGAAAAGUUCACAAGGAAUUUGUGGACGAACAGCAGAAACGUCUUCUUAAAAUCUAUAAUGAAACAAAGAUGGCGGCAAGGUGAGAAACUGUAUCUGAAUAAAGUUAUUUACAAUGUCAUUCUCAUAUGCUGUCCCAAAUCAAAUGUAUACUUUUACGGCAGGAAUACGGGAUACAUUUUCCCUAGAAUGGCGACAUCAAUUAUUUGCAAUCUGUCAGUUAUUUUUCAGAGCAACAUAUCUUUAAUAUCAGAAAGGAUUUUCUCUCUCUCUCUCUCUCUCUCUCUCUCUCGAUAUAUAUAUAUAUGUGUAUGUGUGUGUUGUGAAGUUAGAAGCAGAUUCACUGCCAUUGUUCUUUUGUAACAGGCUCAGAGCUCUGAAUGAAUUAAUCUUGUUUCAAAAGAGCUGCUGGAAGCAUCUGUCUUUGAACAAACACUAACUAGGUCAGAAAUGCCUUUGGUCAAACCAGCAGUUCCCAUGUGGACACUACAGAUCAAACUGAACAUCAUCACACUGACUCAGGGUUAUUUACUACACUCAGAAUUUUCAUAUGGAAUGGAAGUACUGAGACAAAAAUAGCCAAGUUGUGAGAAAACUGGAGUUGAAGAAUCUUUCCAGAUCAGUUGGUUUUGCCUAAUGUUUUUCUAUACGGAUUUAAUGUAGUCUUUGAUGUAAAUCACACUGAUAAUAAUGUAUUGGUUGGUAAGUGUUAAUGCAGAUACUAAUUGCUAUACACUGUUAUUAGAACUAUACUUCUUCAGCAACCUGCUAUUCAAGGGACAACUAAACUCAAGUCAUCACAAGAUGACAGUAUUUCUAAAUAAAAGAAUAAUAUACCUGCCUUGGAAUAUAAGAGUAUUAUAGAUCUUCAGUAAAAUCUUAAUCAAAACGCCUCUAUGUAUAAAAAGUCUUCUAAACAUAAUUCACUAUUCUACUACCAUCGAGAUCCAUCAUAUCAGCCUUAUAGGGGAAGACUGCCCCAUGGCACAUAGUCUUUGGUUCAGUAGAGUAGAGGACGUAAAUCAGAAGAAUUACUUUAUCUAAUCGGGGAUAUGGAGAUAUGCCAUGCAAAGAGAAUUUAGUCUGCUUGGCAGGCCUAUUUUCACACUCACAGGUUUAUUCACUGAGGUGAAAAUUCAAAAUGAAAUUCGGUUGUUAGGCAAGUCUUCACCAACUGUAUAGCGUCAAACGCUUCAACAAGUGGGUUGACUUUUAAUAGUGGGAUGGUGCCUGGGGAUUCAUGGCACCAUAACCACCAUGACUGCUGCAGUGGAUAUGAUGUUUUGAGUACACCUUUUAACCAUGAUCUCAUUAUCAACCGGAUUUUAUAUAAUGUAACAAUGUAUUUGGUAGGGAUGUGCAUGGGAAAAAACUUUGGUUCGGCACUUCCAAAAUUCGGGACUUCAGCAAUUCGGUUCGGCACUUCCGAAAUUCGGGUCUUCGGUUCGGUACUUCCGAAAUUCGGGAAAUUGUGACUUCAGCACUUCGGGACUUUGUCAAUUCGGGACUUCGGCAAUUCCCUAACCCUACCCCUACCCCUAAUCCUACCCCUACUAGAGUUAGGGUUAGGGUUGGUGUUAUUGGUAGGGUUAGGGGUAUGCUUAGGGGGUAGGGAUAGGUUUAUAUUCCUGUCAUCAUUCCUGUAAUUUUCCCUCCCUUUCCUGUUUUGCCACUUUUCAGAAAUUCAAAGCACUUCGGCACUUCCGAAAUUCGGCAAUGUGGACAUUUAGAAGCAUCCGAAUUGCCGAAAUUCGGCCGAAUUUACAUUCUAAGUAAAUUUCACAUGUCUAGUUUUUGGUAUGUUUAUUAUCUUAUGCGUAUUGCUGAAUGAUUUCUCACAUUAUCAUGUAUUACUUUAUCACGUUAAAAAAAAAUUAAGUUACAGAAAAUAAAUCUCUAGCUUCUUAUCUUUGCCUAUUAAUUAUGUUCUUUCCAUGUAGAGCAAAUGGCAUAAAGAAGCAGCACGAGAUUUUCCUUCAGAAACAGGCAGCAUUUAUGGAAAAAUAUCGCCAACGAAAUCAGGGAGAUGAGACUAAGAAAUGAUGCAGUGGUGAAGUGUUUGUGGCGAACUGGUGUCUUGCAGCUGAGUUGGUAUGAAGCGACUGUAAAUCUGGAAUCUGGGACAACGUAACGUUAUCCACACUCAGGGCGAAUCAAAACCUAAGAGACUCACAAUAUGUAUUCAUAUAUUUUACCUCUUUUGUGAAUAAAAUUGUAAAUUUGUAUAUUUUCUUCAUUUUGCCAUCGACCAUUUAUGGUAAAUGCUAUGGAAGACCUA